UAUCGUCCAAAUGUCAGAAGUUUCACGUGUUUACGGCUUUCACAAGUGCUUUUCUUGAUUCUCAAAUUAUUUAGUUUUUUGAAAUAAUAUUAAAAAAAUGGGUAAAAUCAAGAAAGAGCCUGUUGACCUAGAUACCACAGUUAUUUCCGAGGCAAAUGUUACAGUCAAAGAAGAAGAUACUUAUGACGAUAAGCUAAAGUAUGUGAAUAGUAUUUCCAAGCCAAUGGCUUCACGCAAAUUGGCCAAAAAGUGCUAUAAACUUAUUAAGAAAGCGAUGAAACACAAAACGUAUCUGCGUAAUGGCCUGAAGGAUGUACAAACACGUUUACGCAAAGGCGAAACUGGCAUUUGCAUUUUUGCUGGCGAUGUGACGCCCAUCGAUAUCAUUUGUCACUUGCCAGCCGUUUGUGAGGAGAAGGGCAUACCCUAUGCGUACACACCAAGUCGGUCUGAUUUAGGAGCUGCUAUGGGUGUGAAACGUGGCACCGUGGCUUUGUUGAUCCGUGAACAUAACGACUAUCAAGAUCUGUACGAUGAGCUGAAACAGGAUAUAUCCAGCUUGGGGGUGCCUAUUUAAAGCAAACUGCUUUUCGUGCUCACUGUAGGUUAAGAGAUUUCCUAUGUCUUUAUAUUGAUAAGUUAAAUAAAAUAAGAAAGUAUAUAAAAAA